UUGGCGCUCCGAAGUCGGAGAAAGUCCAGGAAAGAAGACCCCGGGGGAGGCGCCCAGCUGAAAAUGGUGGUGCUCGGUAUAAAAACCGGGCGGCUUUUUUCUAACGUAUCAGUUUCGAAUUUUCGUUUCUUUGCGCUCCCAAACCUCCACACCAAGUAAAAUGUUCGCCUGCAGCAAAGUGAUCAUCGCCUUGACUCUAUUCUUUGCCCUCUGCCAAGCUGGAUAUCUUGGAGGUGGUCUAGAAGAGGGGUACGGUGGCCACAUUGGCGGUGGGUACGGCAGCCACAUUGGUGGUGGAUACGAAGGUGGCUUGGAUAUUUCAAGUUAUGGAGGUGGGGACGACAAAGGAUAUGAAGAAAUAAAUGUUCAUCCAAAAUACCAAUUCAAUUACGCCGUUCACGAUCCUCACACCGGUGAUGAGAAACAGCACCAAGAAGAACGCGACGGUGACGAAGUUAAAGGCUCAUAUUCCCUCAAGGAGGCCGACGGUUCCACUCGUGUAGUAGAAUACAAAGCCGACAAGCAUAACGGAUUUAACGCCGUGGUGCACAAGAUUGGAGGUGGUCAUGGCGGUUAUGGAGGUGGCCAUGGCGGUUACGAAGGCGGAUAUGGAGGUCACUUAUAAAGACUUAGUGUAGUCAAUUUUUUUCAAGUAUAUCAAUAAAAGAACUCUGUCGUACAUCUUAAAUUCUUUUCAAAAUUGUGGUGUUUAAUGUGGUUAGACAGAAAGGGCAAUAAAAUAAAAAAUUUGCCUUGGUAAUAAUAGUUUGGAUAAAACGCUUAUAAUUUCUAAAAUAGUUUGAAAAUCUUGAAAUACGUGCGUUAUACAGAAAUUAUAAUAAAUUCUAUUUGCUAGUAUGUUAAAUCUACCAAUCAAGUUGAUUCUUGUAAAAUUACUUUUAACAUAUUGUUCGUAGUUAGUAUUAACGAUAUUAAAUUCUCAUUUUAUUGAUAGACUGUACUGUAUCCUGUAAAUUGAAAUAA